AUGCGAGAAAUCUUAGAUUUCCCAGAGUCGAACGACAAAAACCAACUUCAACAGCUUACACCAACUGGGCCCCGGAUACCGCAACUACCACCGGCCUUUUCAACGGCACCUGCCUUUGCACCUACCCGUGCCCAAAUCGGCUGGCUAGAUAGCAGCGACAUCUCUAACGCCUUACCAACGAGCCAGCAAAGAACAGAAGAAAAGGGUUACGAGCGCGAUCCCGGCCCUAAACGACUUGAUGGGCCUCGGACCCAGCGCCAACCCAUAGAGCAACAACCGCAAGCGCAACCCCGAUCCGCCAACGCUGCUGGUGGUCGUUUAGUAGACGACUUUGGAAAUUACGAGCGAGGGCAUAGACAACCAACGUACUACUAUCGUCAUCAGCGGCCACGAGCGAAUGUCGGCGCUCCCAGAUAUCAUUCGCCUCCACGCUCGCAUCGGAACUACACCGAUCGAUCUCGUGCUUACAGCAGUCGGGACAAAGUAUACUCUACUAGGGAAGACCGUCGCAGCUAUCUUGAUUCUCCAAAGACAGAAGUCUACAGGUAUGAGCGAGAGACACCGCGCCCCUGGUGGACCUGA